CCAGAAAUAAAAACAUCACAGUUGCUAUGGUAUUCAAAAGUUGAACCUUUAGCUUUGCAUAUUCGGAAUGUUUCUAAGUUAAUUUACUUACCAAAAUCACAAGUUUCAAUUGACGAAAUGGUUAUUAGAUUUAGAGGAAGAAGUGAACAUACAGUACGAAUUAAAAAUAAACCUACACCAGAGGGAUAUAAAAUAAUUUCAUUAUGUGAUUCGGGGUAUACUUACUAUUUUAUUUUUACAUCCUGUAUUGAAUCUAAUUCUGAAAUUAAUUCAAUUCCAAACAUUAAUAAAAUUGGCUGGUUGGUGUAUCAUCUAAUAUCUCAACUUCCUAAGGACAAAACAUUUGAUAUUUAUAUGGAUAAUUAUUUUACAAGCAUAAAUUUGUUUAGUUAUAUGCAGCAAAAUGGGUAUGAUGGUUGUGGAACAAUAAGAUGUAAUACUUUAAAAUUUCCUAUCUUUUUAAAAAUCAAAAAAUCACAAAAAAUAGAAUGGGAUACUCUUUCUAAAGCAGUUGUAGAUGAUGUAUUAGUUGUGUUCUGGAUGGAUAAUGGUCCAGUAACUAUGUUAACAACUAUACAUAAAAUUUUAGGUGAAGGAUGUCGAGUAGAAAGAGAAAGAAGACGACCACGAACAACUAGUACUAAUGCUAAUAAAGUACGUAGUGUGUUUGGUAAUGCAAGUAAAAAAAUUCUUCCCAUCCCUACCAUAAUUGAUGAUUACAAUUAUCAUAUGGGUGGUGUAGAUGUAACCGACCAAUUAAGGGGUUAUUAUGGUACACAAGUACCUGUACGUCGCACUUGGAUGCCAUUAUUUUUUUGGCUUCUUGAUACUAGUAUCGUUAAUACAUUUCUUAUUUCAAAAGCUCUUAACUUAAUCAUAGUUCACAAAGAUCUUAGAAUAAACUUAGUGUGGAGUUUAAUAGAAGAAUCGUUAGACAUGAGCCAAAAAUUACAUACCCGAAACAAAAAAGCAAAGAUUCAAUCAGAAUUACAUAAUCAAAAUUCAAAAAAACAACCAUUUUAUGUUACCAAAAAAUUUGAAUUACCUAUUGAUCGUUUACUUCCACAAAGUCACUACCCAAUAUAUCGUGAAGAGAGAGGUUCUUGUGUUUGGUGUCGGUUUCAAUAUAUGUCCGAAUAUGGAAAACAUGACAAGAAUUCACCACAAAGCCAG